AUGGCGCCCUACCUUGGAAGUGUCUAUUCGACUCUUGUUUCCUUUGACUGGAUGCAGAGUGCCUCACCUCAACAGGAGUCUGUUUCUCGAGUUCUUUCACCAGCCGAGGAGAUGGUCCGUCCCUGUCCAAUGUUCUCUACAAUUAUUUGUUUAAGGCGGUCUGCACACGAACAAGGCAGUCGAGUGGAGUGAUAUUCGCUUCCCUCGUCAGUUCUAGCAGA